AUGGCAAAACGCACACUUGACGCAUUCUUCAAACCAUCAACUAGCACUUCAAAACAUCCCAAAACCGAACCCAUCGAGUCCAACACCGCAAUCCCAACCCCAAAACCUAACAAUGUCCCAAUCGAAGACACCAAACCCCCAAGUCAACACCCAAGCUACCCAAUCCUAAUCGCCCAACUCCCCUCCCACAUCGAAGUAGGACUAGAACACGCAACCCCAGCAACCGUACCGCGCGAAAUAAACAACCAACCACAACUAGACCUCCUCCACUUCCAGCCAUACAUCCCCCGCCAAACAGCCAACGAGCUCUUCAAAUUCCUACGUCGCGAACUCCCCUUCUACCGCGUGCAGUACACAUCACGACGGGGUGGCACCGAAACGCAAAUCAACACACCACGAUGGACAACCGUCUUCGGAGUCGACGAGACAUCAACAUUCAUCCAAGAACAAGAAAACAACCCCAACAGCCUUGUACUACUAGAAACCAAGACCAAGACCCCAAUCCCGAAGACAAAGUACCAGUGCACGCCACGGCCAAUCCCAGCUUGUCUCGAUAUACUACGGAGACAGGUUGAAGCAGCGAGUGCAGCGGCAAACGCGGAUACUAAAACGCCCGGAUAUAAUUUUUGCCUGGUGAAUUACUACGCUAGCGGGGAAGACAGUAUCGCAUUUCACUCUGAUGACGAGCGAUUCCUCGGGCCCGAGCCGAAUAUCGCCUCGCUGUCGCUGGGCGGCGAGCGGGAUUUUCUAAUGAAGCAUAAGCCUUUCAUUCCCGGAGGAAUUGUGAACCAGGCGGCGGGUGGAUGCGGGCCUGGUACUGCACAUACAAUCUCCGGGCUGGGUGAUACCGGUACGACGCGGGCGAGUUGUACGGUUUUGGAUGGGACGUCGAAUUCCAAUACUGUUUCUUCUCCUAGAUCCAGACCCGGUGCUACGGUGCCAUUGCAGCAAAUCAAGAUGAGACUUGGGUCAGGCGAUAUGGUUGUUAUGCGCGGGGCGACCCAGUCGAAUUGGUUGCAUAGUAUUCCUAAGCGGAAGGGAAAGACGGGGGAGGCGACAAGGGGACGGAUUAACAUUACCUUUCGCCGGGCUAUUGUUCCUGGCGGGACUAAUAAUUAUUACCAUUAUAAUGUUGGUAGUGGGGGGAUGUAUCGGUGGGAUGAGGUAGCUAGGGAGAUGGUUCUGUGGGAUAGCAAGCAAUAG